CAAUUAUGUUGUGUAGAAAGUGGUUCACAUAGCUAUUAUCUGUUUGAUGAUGAAAGGAGGCACCUUUCUUUGCAAAAUUGGAGCAAUGCUUACAAUACCAGUCAAGAGUGUUGAUUCCUCACUUCUUUCCCCCCAAUUCCACCUGUGCUUCUCUGCUCUUACCUGCUCAGAGGGGUAGAUCGGAGGUCGAGGGAGCAGACUCUUUUCAGCUUGGGUAACUGAGUGUAGACCUUCCUCAGGGCGUCCCGCUCGCCUCCCAGGAAGCUCCUGAUGCUGAACACCGACCCCCUGUUGUCACAGUGCAUUCUCAAAACAUAUUAUUGUAUCCUCCACGUCAUCUGCUAAAGUCUUCUUCGUUUUACCAACCCUCAUUCAUGGAGUCAUACACAGAAUCUUCACUAGUCGGAUCAAGUGCUAUUAUCAUCAUCAAGUCAAGCCCAGAUUAACAAGUCAGACUGUACGUGAGUUUAUUAUAUAAACUUAUGUUCAUGCCGUACUUUUUCUUUUUCAGUUAAUCAAUGUGAAACCUCUUCAAGGGCGCCUCUGCAUGUAAAAGCCAUCAGACACAGGCCUGAGAGCAUCUCGCUCAGACAGCACACAGAGCUGCACAGAGCUGCAGUGAAGUAGACAUCCACUACUACUCAGGCUUCAUCGAGCUGUGAGAGAAGGUUUGUGAGCCCGGACUGAAACCUGAACUGGACCCAGACCUGAGAGGGGAUCAGUCAUGACUGCAAGGACCAAGGGAGCGACGGGCCGGGACAAACCAGAGACAAAGAGCCGGGCAUCAGAGGUGAUGGGGAGGGUGAGGGGAGCUCUGUGGCUGGUACUGGGCAUGCUCAGUCUCUCCCUGCUGCUGGUGGUGCUGGGAGUCUACACAACGACCCGGACGGAGAGCCUGAACGUGUCCGGCUACGUCUCCGGAGUUAUUCUCACCCUGGGAUCGUUCCUGGGACUUUUGGGACUCCUCCUGGAAGAAAACCGCAAACAGCUGCUGACGGCUGCAAUCGUAUUUCUCAGUUUCGGGAUCAUCUCCUCUUUCCUGUGCCUGGUGAUUGACGGCGUCUGCAUCGUGCUAACCAUGGACAUGCGUCCCCUGAAGGCACAGAGAUGUCAGUAUUACAGCAGCGGUGGCAGCUUCGUCUACGAGAACUUCUACACCUCUGUGUCGUGUUGGAGUCCAACGGAGUCCUGCAGCCUGACGGUGAAAAGCGGGACCUGCUACUGCUGCGACCUGUACGACUGCGCCAACGGAGGAUACCUCAGCAACUACUACGAGUUUGCAGGAGUUGGGAGCUGUGAGGACGUUUUCACGCUGUACGUUUUAAUCUGGACCCUCGCCGGCCUGAACCUCGUGGCCUUCUUCGCAGGCAUCGCCACCACAGCGGUGCUGGGAAGCGUCAAAGACCUGGGGAGCAGCAGCCCUGCGCUGGAUCCUUUUGAGAGGACAGCAUCCUCUCCGACGGCUCCUCUGCUGACAGACUCCGAGGCACACCCAGUCCACCAGCUCCACCCGCGAGCCACCGUGUAUUUCCCUCCAGCAGAAGGGACGGCCACCCCGCACAGAUUCCCCUCGUCGUCGACUCGUCACACCGAGUCCAACCCUCCUCCCUUUGCACCGCCGACCGGCGCGGCGUCCUACAGGCUGCACGGCGGCUCCGCGUGAGCCAAAGAACCGGCAAGAACCGGUGAUCCCUGUUGGUGUGAGGACGGGAAGAAGCCCAAUAUCAAAAGAAGGAUACGUUGGUCUGAAUAUAUUACUCAGAAAUAUUACAACACAACUCAAUGCAUUGUGCUCAAAAAUAUAAAUGUCUUAAGUUGUUUAACGUGUGUACAUUGAAUGUUAAGUAACACAAAUGUGUCGGCUUGAAGUCAAACUUCUACUUUCGCGAACAUAAAUGAAACCGUGAAUGAACCAUAAAUUAAAGGUGUAAGUUAUAUCAUCAAUAACAUAACACUUGAUGACUGACUGACACAAGUGUAACUAAAAUUUGAUCUAAGUGACACACAAAAAAAAAUUCUGCAAGUAAAAUUGAUAAAAUGAAUUAACUAACAGCACAGAUUUGUCUUGGUUCUUGAAGUCGGCACACAGAAUGUGGUACUUCAGAUAAAACAGGUGUUGUAAUAUAUAUAUCUUUAACGUACAAAAGUCCCACCAAAGUUCAUUAUUCAAUUACUUCUAAUGUAUACAACUCAAAUGUAAUGUUUGGUUAAAGUCAAAGUAAUAUUAUUCUAAUUUGGCUUGUAUUCAUUUAAAUAAUUCUACUUUUAUAAUACGCCUCCUUUGUAAAAUGUACCAAAUAAACCAACUUUUCUCACCUAAAA